AUGACAACUGAUCAAAAGCAUUCAUCGGAUGGUACACUUAACGAGCCAGAAGAUACCAGACGUAUAGAAAAAAUUGCUAAGUUAUUUGGAUUAGACGAGCAGAAUAUAGAAGUAUAUAAAGCGCUUUUUGGACAGAUUUGGGAGCUUGAAAAAAAAUCAGAAGAUUAUUAUUCCAAAUAUAAAAAGCUUAAAAGGAGGGUCAAUUUAUUGAAAGCUGAAAUAGAAGAUUUGGACAAAUGUAUAGAUAAAGAAACUUUAGUUGACUUAAUACAAGAAAUGGUUCCAUUGCUAAUUAUUAGAAAAUAUAAGAAGAGAGGUUUACUUUGUGAGCCUCUAAAUAGAUCUGACUCUAGUUUAUCCGACUCUAGUUCAUCUGAAGAUUCUGAAACGAUUAAAUGCUAUUAUCCUAAAAAGAAGGUACCGCAGAGGAAUCAGGUAAAUACGGAUUCUAAAUCUGCAAAGUUUAAAAAAAUAUAUAAUGAGUUAAUAUUUUUAUUAAAUAAACAAAUGGACGGUUCCUUGGAGGACCACGUAAAUGAACCAUUGUCGUAUCAUCCUAUAAAGAAAUUUAGAAGGAGGAAGUCUGAAAGACCAGACACAAUUGUUAAAAUCUCACCUAAUCAAUGCUAG